GUGACUGAACAUCCGCAGUUGCGCAGUAGAGGUCAGCUGACAUUUGUGAUGUAGCAGCGGGUGAAACAUCCAAACAGUCGAAACUUAAACCUUGAAGGAAAAAUAGGGUUUGUAUUUGUGAGCCAAGACUGAAAGACAGGAAGAAACGGAGAGGCGUUAGUCCAGAAACGAGGCCGCGUCCCCCCGUCUUUCGCAGGCAUGAGUGUCGGCACUCCGAGAGGCCUGGCCAGUUCGGGGCAGAAACCCAUCACGGAGAUCCCCCACCCGUUGUCCGCCGCUGAAGAGUCGCUUUCUCCGGGGCCGGAUGUCAGCAUCAGCCCCGGAGGAGACAAGGAUCCGGAGCUGACCAACGGCACGCUCGUUGACGGCUCCAGUCCCGCCUCCGCCUCCUCCACCUCCGCGUUGCUCAGCAGGCUGCAGGUGGAGGAGAACUCCGAGGCAGACGCCGCAGAGCUUUACGCAUCCACGGAAACCCGGGACCUCUUCGUUACAGUGGACGACCCCAAGAAGCACGUGUCCACCAUGGAAACCUACAUCACCUACAGAGUCUCUACCAAGACGACACGGAUAGAGUUUGACCUGCCGGAGUACUGCGUCAGAAGACGCUACCAGGACUUUGACUGGUUGAGAGUGAAACUGGAGGAGACCCAGCCGACCAACCUCAUCCCCCCUUUGCCUGAGAAGUUUGUGAUGAAGGGCGUGGUUGACCGCUUUUCAGAAGAGUUUGUGGAGACCAGGAUGAAAGCUUUGGACAAGUUCCUGAAGCGAGUUGCAGACCACCCCGUCCUGUCCUUUAACCCACACCUUAAUGCUUUCCUGACUGCCAAGGACCUGAACAAGCGGCAGGGUCUGGCUCUGCUGACUAAGAUGGGAGAGUCGGUGAAGCAUGUGGCGGGGGGGUACAAGCUGCGGGCAAGACCGCCCGAGUUCAACGCCAUGGGAGAAUACCUGGACACUUUCAGCCAGAAACUAGGAACCAUUGACCGCAUUGCUCAGAGGAUACUCCGAGAGCAGUCAGAAUACCUCACGGAGCUGCGAGAAUAUGCAUCUGUCUACUCAAGUUGGGCGGGGUCGGAGGACGAGCUGCAGCGCCCUCUAGAGGGUGUGGCUGGCUGUGUCACAACGUGCUGCGGAGCGCUGGAGGACCUGAGUGAAAACAUGAGCCAGGACUUCCUUCCUGUUCUUCGAGAAUAUGUCCUUUACACAGAGACAAUGAAGAACGUUUUGAGGAAACGAGACCAGAGUCAAGCGGAGUACGAGGGCCGCCUAGAGGCAGCCGUGCUGCGCAGACAGGAGGACAGAACGCCUAUGCCUCUGGAGGUGGAGAAAUGCCAGGACAAAAUGGAGUGCUUUAAUGCAGACCUGAAAGCCGACUGGGAACGCUGGCAGUGCAAUAAGAGACAAGACUUCAAACAGCUCCUAAUCGGCAUGGCUGACAAAAACAUCAACUAUUACGAAAAGUGCCAGACAGCGUGGGAAUCUCUGGUUACCGUCCUGCAGGAAAAACAGACAGAGGACAAAACGAGUGAGACGAACUGAAGUUUGUCUUGGUGCUGUUCAGCACGUUUUUUUCUUUUCUUUUGUGACUCUUCAUGCCAAGGAAAACGACCAACCCGGCAGCAGAUCUCCUCUGCUGAGCUUUGCUCCUGCUCUCCUGCUGGGAUAAACUGAAGGAGGUAUCCGAUGGUGCAUUCAGGGACAGCUGGGAGCCAGCAGGAAUCUCUGUACAGAUUUUGGGUUUUGUUGGCAUAACUGUCAACAUUUUCUACGUAACACUUUCAAUUCUUCACAGUUUGUUGCCAAUUCUGAGUUUGUUUAUUUAACAAAGAUUCUGGGGGAGACGCACUUUUGUUGUACCCCUUUGUUUUUCACUUUGAGCCAAAUUGUUGCAGAAAUGUUUGGUUUUAGACCAGACUUUGUGUUUUUUUUUCUCUUUUUUUCAUUUUUAAUAUCCCUCCAUUGUGUUUUUUGUUGCAUGAUGAUGCUCAGCUGCCUUCAGGGCAUGAACUUCUUUUUUAGAGAAAUUUAGGGGAACAUUUGGAGCACAAACCCCAUCUGCACACUUACUGGAAUUCAGAGCAGCAGCGCCCCCUUGUGGUACUUUAUUUUGUAUCUUUUUCCUCAUUACCAUUUCUAUCCACUUUACCCUAAUCUGCACUUUAAUCAGAUAAAGACUCAAGACAGUUAAAGUACCGCGCUCUCUAGAUCCGUUCCUGAUAAUGUAAAGAUGGAACGGGAGUAGAAGUUUUAGAUGAAUGUGUAUCUGCAGAUUUAUUGGUGAACGUCCCCCAAAACAGAGAAACAUCCCGGAGGUGGAUAAAAAAGCAGAAGACUUCAUUCCAAAGCGAUUUUUUCUUCUUCUGUUUUUUUUCCCCCUCUUCGUCUGUAGUUUAGCUGUUUCACCUUAAAUAUUAAAGAUUUUGUCUGGUAAGGUGGUAAAAAAAAAAAAUAAUUUUGAUGUUUGCAAAUCUGUUUUGGUGGUGAUGCACUCACACAUUCAUGGUCUUAAGUCAUCAGAAAAUGUCUCUUUUCUCCAAAAACGGCAGGAGAAAAUGACGAUGGGUGUGAAUUGAAAGGAUUCCUCAGAAACUUUCCUCGUCAGUUUCAGCGAUAGAUCUUUCUAUCGAGCCUCAUGGGGCAAAAAAAAAUCCGACUAAAGAAUCAAGCGUGAUAUUUACAAAGAUGUUUAAUUUUUCCGGCUUAAGUGAGAUUCAAAACCUCCUGAGAUUAGAUGAAAUCUUCAUGAUCUAAGUAAGAUGGUUACUUUAUUGUUGAGAUUUAAAUCAUUUUCACAUCAUUCUGUUCAUUUUCUUUGCUUCAUGUCACUUUAUUGGGUCUGCAUUAACCUCCUUCUCAUAGACUGUCUAAACUGCCUGCGAUUCUCCUUUUCCUGGAUUUUCACCCCCUUUUUAGUGUAUGAGUUUUGAAAGAAAGCUUUAAGAAGCUGCUCUUUUCUCUGCCAAGUCAAUAAAUCAGGUAAAUUGCAUUUUGUCCUUGUUUAGGUAGAUUAAACCGAGAUAACGGGAGAUCUCUGGGUUAGUGUGAGCCAAACUCGAGGCAGCUGCAGUUUUCUUCUGCAGAUUAACCCUCAUUGUCAAAACUGACCUAUUUUCACUCUUGAAAACGGGUCCAUUUUGACCUGAACACAAUGUCUAGGUCUCAUUUCAUUAAAAGUACACCAAAAUAUAAUCAGAAAUCGAUAACAGCAAGUAUUAUCAAAGAUUUAUUGUAGGUACGUUGUGAUUGAAGAUGUUCAGGGUCAUUUCAGAUCUACUCUCUGACUGCAUAAUGGAGGACACGGAGCACAUUUUGGCAAAAAUUUGGAAAAAAAAACAACUGCAGUGAAAACAAGGAGACCUUGCUGAAGUUGUUUUUCCUCCUUUCUCACAGUUUUGCACUAAAAUCUGGGUCGGUAACAUUUGUCCAGCAUUAAAGAAACCAUGAAAGAUUUUCCUGUGUUCCAGUGUUUUGAUCAUAAAAACAAACUGGUCACACGUCUGAUUGUUGAAGCCAAGUUGGUUUCUUAUGUUGAAAGCGAGGAUUUUCAAGCCAAACAUGGUUUUGUUCUCGCGCCGACCUUCCACAGAAACAUGAAAGUUCUUCUUUUCCGCUCAACCUCGCAGUUCCUCUCCAGUGUGCACUGUUUACGUUCCUUACUGUACAUUUGAAUGUUUAUAACAUUUUGUUGUAAUUAAUAAAUAAGCUUCUAUAUGGAUGUUUUGAUGCAAAUGAUUUUCUUUUAUUUUGUUAACAUAUUGGACCAACAAUAAAAAAUGAAUGACUUUUU